AUUAUUUAUUUGUCCUGUGCUUUUACACAAAAAGCCCGGGGUUUCUUUUUCUUUUUCUGUCAGUGGGAUUAAACUCGCCUUUUCUGGAAAACGAGUACAGAGGUAAAGAACGCCAUGUUGACACGACAACGCCAACUGGGAGGCCAAAUAUCACCUGGGAUAACGUUAUUCCCUCAAUUUUUGUUACGUUAUCACAAUCAACGAUCAAUCGACUCAAGCCAACUUUGUCUGAAGAAAAGACGAGGUCGAAACAGCUGAUCAAUCAUACUUUCACCGCCAUUCUAGCAAAUUCAACGGUUAUAAAGCCUCGGAUAAUUAUUUUCCCAUUGUGAAGAGCAGUUUACUAAUUUACGUUAAUUCAAUUAAUUGUGUGGGUGUGAUAAUUAUUGCAAUGCAGCUGAUGCGAAAAGUUCAAGCAAUUGUCUUUUGCUAACGAUGGGCCUACCUUCAGGCUAAUUUAGCAGUGUUAGCUUGUUGGCUAAUGUGAUUAACUAGCACAGUUGGCAAGAGGAAGGCUAGGCUAAUGGCUAAUGGUUUUGUUGAUGGUAAUUUGCUAUUCUUUAUCAAUCACCAUCGCUACAUUAUCGAAUUAUAUGUAGCGUUAACUAACACCGUCAGACCAGAUUGAUGAAUGCUAUUUGAUCAUUAUGGGCUUUUAAAUAAUUUUAUCAUCCGUUUAAUCCAGUGUAGCUAACGCUAAUCGUGUUGCCAACGUGAAGCAAUUUGUGCUCUACGCACUUUUCGGUUUUACUCAAGUCAUCGUCUUUCUAUCUAAAUAGCACUGGGAAGAAAGUUUAUUUUGACCCCCGAACAUCCUUAAAUUAUUACAUUUUCUUCCACAAAUUUCCUUAAUGAUAACUGUGUUCAAAAUGUUGUUUUUUGAAACUUUGCGACUAAUCCGUGUUGUAGCCCGUUACAUUUGCUAGCGUUUUAAACGCAUUUAUGCUGCUUGUCGAUCAUGAAUAUUUGUGUCUAACAUAUCACUUAUUAUUCACAGUCGUGCCCACACUGACUCGUCCCAAACAUCCACAGAAGUCCCCCCAAAAAUGUGCAAAACGUCUGCAAAGCAUCCCAGAAGUGUUUAAAGUCAAACACAAAGCUCCCUUUAUCCACAGUCCCCAGUUGGCAAAAUUGCUGUAUGUUACUCAGUUGGCCCCAAUUCCAAAACUCACAGACCCCACUAGUGUCCCUAAAAGGUUAGCGACAAACCUUUUUCAAUGGUUUUGAGUGCAAAAUGUGAAGAAAACCUGUCACAGCCAGAGGAUGGAGAGCUGGAGGAGGGAGAGUUGGAAGAUGAUGGGGGAGAUGUGGAGCAGGGAGAAACAGGUGGAGGUAUUUCCGCAGUUUUAGGAGGUGGAGACGGGGGCGAUGAAGCAGGCGGAGGAGGUGAAGCAGCAGGGGAAGGAGCCGAGGAUCGGCGACGGCGAAGCAGGGAGGCCCACGCCAGCAGCAAUUCGGACGAUGAGAGAGCCCACCGUCGCAAGAGGAAGAGGAAGAAAGAGAAGGAGCGAGAGCGGGAGAAGAGGAGGUCCAAGAAGAAACGCAAAUCCAAACAUAAACGUCAUGCAUCCUCUGAUGACGACCACUCGGACUUCAGUGAUGACUCUGACUACAGUCCCAGUGAGAAGAGGAAGUAUAGAGAGUACAGUCCACAGUACCCCCCUCCGUCUCAUGGGGGUUACGGCGGCUCGAAGAAAGGCAGCUAUAUGAAGAUGGAAAAGCAGAGCUAUGGAGGCUAUGAUGACUAUGAAGAGGACAAUUACGAAGGUGAGGAAGAAGAGGAGAUGGGGGAUGAAGAAUAUGACGACUUCACUAAGGAGCUCAACCAGUAUCGCAAGGCUAAGGAGGGAGGAGGUGGCCGGGGAAGAGGCGGUAAAGGUCGUAUGAAGAACCAGAGAGGUCGAGGAGGAAUGAGGGGAGGGAGGAGAGGAAGAGGGGGAAGCAGAGGAAGAGGAGGUCGGGGAGGAGGAAAGAUGGGAGGAGACAACGACGAUGGAGACGGCUAUGGAGAAGAGAUGGAGUAUGGAGAAGAUGACUACGACAACAUGGGGGAAGAUGACUACGAUGACUACUCAAAAGAACUCAACCAGUACAAGAAGUGCAAAGAUAGAGGCAGAGGAGGUAAAGGUGGCCGCGGGCGAGGGAGGGGUAAAGGUGGCCGUGGUAUGAUAAGAGGAGGACGAGGCCGAAACCGCGGCAGAGGAAGAGGUGACAUGGGGAUGGAUGACGACAACAACGGCGACAUGGACAACGGGGAUGGAGGUGGAGGAGGCGAUGGAGGAGGACUCGGUAGAAGGAAUCUUAAUGAAAAGCACCAGGAUAAAAAAGGGAAGGCCAUCUGCAAGUACUAUAUCGAGGGGAGGUGCACCUGGGGUGACCACUGUAACUUCAGCCAUGACAUUGAGCUGCCCAAGAAGAAGGAGCUGUGCAAGUUCUACAUCACUGGAUUUUGUGCCCGAGCCGACCACUGUCCCUACAUGCAUGGCGAAUUCCCCUGUAAGCUGUUCCACACCACAGGGAACUGUGUCAAUAACGAUGAGUGCAUGUUCUCCCAUGAAGCACUCAAUGAUGACACGCAGGAGCUGCUCAACAAGAUGCUGGCAGAGGAUGCAGAAGCUGGAGCGGAGGAUGAGAAGGAGGUUGAGGAGCUGAAGAAGCAGGGCAUCAAUCCGCUCCCGAAACCUCCUCCUGGAGUUGGCCUCCUCCCCACCCCUCCUCGACCUGUUCCUAUAGAUGCAAACACGGGGGCUGGGGAUUUUGGUGGACCUCCACCGGGUGACUUUGGGGGACUUCCUGGACCUAACCAGGGGCCAAUGCCCAGCAAAGGUCCCCCAGGACCAGGACCAGGGCCUGUUCCUGUGCCCAACCCCUGUGCUGGUCCCCCUGUGCUGGGCCCUGAAGGAAUUCCCUUCCAAGGUGGGCCCCCAAAUCCCAACCUCCCUCCUCCUCCCCAUAUGGGCCCCCCACCCCCUUGUGGUGGAGGGGGAGGUGGCGCAGGGAAGAAGAUCCCCUCAUUGUUUGAGAUUAAAGUUCAGCCGACAGGACAGCUCGCUCAGAAACUGGCCGUCAGGAGCCAGACUCCCAGUGCUACCCCGGGUGGGGCUUCAUCUCCUGGACCCCCAGGGGCCCCUGGUGCCCCUCCCACCCGGUUCCCUGCCCCGCCAGGCAUGAUGCCCCCUGACAUGCAGAACAUGGGCCCCAACCUUGGGAUGAACCAGGGGCCCCCCAACAUGGGCCCUGGUGGACCGCCCAUGAUGGGAGGAUUUUCACCAGGUGAUGGCCCUCCACAUGGGGGUGCUAUGCCUCCAUGUCCUCAGGGUGGAGGAAACUUCUUCAACAACUUCUUCAAUCAGCAGGACGGUAUGGCGAUGGAGGGAGUGGUGCAAGAAGGUGACAACUACCAGGGAUUUUCUGGCAUGGAUGAGAGAGGAGGAGCAGGGAAUUUUGGUAACCAGUCAGGUGGCCAAGAUGGCUCUGCUAAUGGAGCAUCAGCCAAUCAGGGAGGGAUUUCUGUGCCUGACUUUCUGCCUCCAGCACAGCGUGUCCUGUUCAUGAGGAUCCAACAGAAGCAGCAGGAAGAAGAAGAAAGAGCUCGCAGGAUGGCCGAGGGAGGAGCAGAGAAGAGUAGAGACACUGAAGGUGACUCAGGGAACUGGUACUCCAGUGAGGAUGAAGAUGGCGGUGGUAGUGUGACCUCCAUCUUGAAGACCCUCCGUCAACAGACCCAGGUGCCUCAAAAAUCUGACGGCCCUCCAAGUGACCCUCGCCUCCAGAAAGCCUCACCGGCCAGUGCUCUGGCUCGGCCAGCAGACCCCCGCCUGGCCCGGGACCCGCGCCUGGCGCGUGCUACAGACUCUCAACUCUCCGACUCCACCCACUCUAUGCCUGCUUUAUCUUCCUCUGGACCGCCUGCAGACCCCAGGUUAGCCCGGCUAACAGCUGCUGCAUCAGCUGGAUCGACGUCCCUCUCACCCCCUGCUGCUAAACCAGAGCCUCCUCUGGUCUACAAGCCCCCGCCCCUCACAGCUCCAGCAGCGGAGGAGGAGGAGACAGAGCGAGUUCUGCGUGACAAGCCGGUGCCGAUUCCUCUGGACCCGCUCAUGGGUAUGGCUCUGAGAGACCCUCGCUCACAGCUGCAGCAGUUCAGCCACAUCAAGAAAGACAUCCUACUUCACAUGCCGGCCUUCUCUAAAGCCAUCACCUGGUCACCUGAAGAUCUCCUUCCCCUUCCUAUCCCCAAACAGGACCUCCUUCCACUCCCACCGGGCAUCCCAUCUGUCUCCUCCAUAGACCCCCGUCUGUCUCGUGCUCAGCAGCAGCACCACACAUCACUUUCUCACUCACAGCCUCCCCCUGUACAGCCUCCUCCCUCCUCGGACCCCCCUGCUCCCUCAUCAUCCACGUCCUCCCUCCCAGACUUUGAGCUGCUGUCUCGUAUCUUGAAGACUGUCAACUCCAGUCCGUCCCAGACGCCCUCCCCUCCUCUCGUACCCACCCCUUCUGCCCCUGUGGCUCUACUGAGCGCACCUCCCCCAGUGCCUCCUGCACCGGCAGAAAAGCCAGUAGACCCCCGUGUUGCCCGUAAAGUCCCCACAGACCCCCGUCUCCAGCCUCAGAAGUCUGCAUUGAAGCAACCAUCCGAUCCCACUCCUCCUCCUGCCUCCUCUACCUCUCCAGCAACAACAUCCAGCUCCUCUCCUCCUACAAUUGCACCCUACGACCCCAGGCUGCUCUCCUCAGGUGGGGCAGGGCGUGGUGUGGGAGCUGGGGCACCAGGGGGAGCCAGCGUCCUAAGCAGCAUUAGUCUGUAUGACCCUCGGACUAACAAACCAGGCAGCCCUGGUACCAGCAGUGGUUCUAACAACUCCCCCAACUCAGCCAGCACAGAGUCCAAGCCCAGUGAGCCCACAACGACUAAACCCAAGUCAAAAGAGCCCCUGUUUGUUCGGAAGUCUGCGUUGGACCAACCAGAGCCAGAGAAAAGUUCAGAGCAAGGGACUGAUCGGUACAACAGCUAUAACAGGCCCAGGCCCAAGCCCGCACCCUCGCCUAACUCAACAGCUCAGGGAGGGCCCGCUGCAGCCGGGGCCGCCGCAGCUGGAGGUCAGGGUGCUCCUGGAGCUGUUGGGGAUCAGGGGCCCGCUGGAGUCCACAACCUACCAGUUUCCUCCCUGUUUGGCGUUGUGAAGCAGGCGGGCAAACCAGGUGGGACAGGUAGCCCUUUUGGAGGCAACAGCCCGGUGCAGUCCGAGCAGACGACCACAGAGCAGGACAACGCCUCGCUGAAGGAGGUUUUCAAAGGCUUUGACCCCACAGCCUCCCCCUUCUGCCAGUGACCCCCCGAACAUGAACCAAAAGCUCAUCAUGUGGUCAGCCGUUGGCUUGUUAUAGCAUUUUUGGACGCUGAGCAGAUCAGUGAGGAGAAAGUGAAGCGCACUGAGGCAACUGCUUGCAAGACUGGUGAAGAAGACAAACUUUUGUGAACAAACUGUCACAGGACAUGUUUCUCACACUCACACACACAAACACACACUUUACCGCAUUGUUGCAGAUUAAUAUUCUAUAAAAGACUCUUGGGUUAUGGGAAGGGUUUAAAGUUAAAUCUCUAAAGCUCUAUUUUAAACAGAUGUAUUGAUGUAUAAAUAAAUGUAUUCUCUUCAUCUCAAUGCUUAAUGAAAACAGUUAUUCAGACAGCAGCAAGAACACAUUUCUAUGAACAUUUUAGCUUCAUCUUUUUCCAUUUCAGCUCCUCUGCCCAUUUUUUUUCUCUACAGUUUCUCCUCAUCUGUAAACCGUUUGACGUGUUUGUUUUUUUGGGCAACUCUCUUGGCAACACAUGAAAAGAUGGGACACAUCUCCAGAUAUUGCUUAUUUGUGGUGUUUUUGUAAUCAAAUGAGGAAACUCCUUCAACACUGUUGCCCAUCAGAAACAAAUCACCCUCUUUAUCACUGCCUUUGUGACACUGUCCUCUAUAACCUGCUUUAACAAACUGUUUAUUUUUGUCAAACCAUAGCAUUCAUUUUUGUCAUUAUGAGUCACCAUGUCUGCAGAAACAAAUACCUGAACAUAAAUCUAUAUUCUGUUUUUUUUAGUAUUUAUUUUUCUACUUCUUUGCACUGUCAGUUUGUCCUCUGAGGGCUGUAUUAAUGUUUUUAAUGUCUGUAGCUCCUCCACCUGUUCAUAUACUGUUUCAUUUCAUGUGUUGAGCUCUUACCCACAGCAGGUAACUUUAUGACCUGUGACCUCUUUGUACUGCCUCUCUAACCACUAAUCCACUAUACACCCCAUUUGUCAACUUUCACCUGAACACUUUGUGUAAUCGGUUUGUGAAAAUGGAGAGUUGUUGAUUCAUAAAUGACAGCUUCUUUAAGGUAGAAGAGAUGUAAAACAGACCUCGCUGGUUGACAGAACACACCCCGACGUCCCUCUCAACGGGCAGAUUUUAGCUGGAUGGUGGUUAGCCAUAGCAUCUGCUGAAAAGUUGAUUUCACCUCGAUCAGAUGGGGACACACUGAGUUAAGAGUUCAUCAUGCAUUGAGCUUUUAGUUUGGUUGUUUUAUUAAGUGUGUUAGUUCAGAAUCAGAAGAGAACCGACAGGACAUCACUGCAGAUAGAACGACAUGUUUUGCAGCCUUACAGUGUAAACGUAUCAGCUUUUGACUCCAGUGGCUGGUGACAGUGUGACAAUCAUAAACUAGACUUGGACCUAAAAUUCAGUUAAUGCAUGAAUCUUGCAUUGUUCUGUGCAUUAGAGGGGUUCACUCCACUGCACAGAUUCAAAUUUAAGAAGUGCACACUUCAUGGUGGAAAAGGAGGAUGGAUUAACAGUUGUGUCAGAUGUUUAAAUAUUGUCUUCAUGACCUCCCUUCUUAGUUUCUUCCCCUCAGAUUAAACAGUUGAAGUCAGAGUUUUGUACGGCGUCUGAAUCAGGGUGAGGAUAAGCAAGUGAUGUCACUGCUCGGCUUGUUUGAAAAUCUUUGAACGUGGGGUCACUGCAGAGGAGCAUAUAUGAGUUUUUCACUUCCGGAAGGUUAAGAUUGUACAACAGCUGUCAGGAUUGUUGACCGUCUUGUGUAUAAAUGUUGAUCAUUUUAAUUUAUUUUUUUAUACUUGGGUAAAUAUACUUCCUCACUUUACAUUUUUUGAACUGAAUCAUUUUAUAUGCCAGGAAUAUGUGAUUAUCGCUCACUUGCUACAAGAUUAGCGGGACAUUGGCAGCCUGUGACAGUGUGAAAAGAGGAGAAAGACGUAUUUUUAUUUGGUUUUGUGUAUAAAGAUUCAAACUAACAAAAAAAAAAUCACCUUAACUCGCUCCUGCCAGGUUGUGAGAAAGCCUGUUAGGAGGCCGAGUUCCAGCUUAUAGGAAGUGUGAAACUUAUUGUUGAUUUGUUCUUUCCUUCAUGGCUUUGUUGUUUUAUAAGUUAGUUUUUUUUUUCUUGCUCUGUAAAUUUGACCAGUAUCCUGUCUUUGGAGGAGUUUUCUAACUGUACACUGUAGGUGAGGUUGUCAAAGUAUUUAAAUAAAGUUGAUACAUGAUCAACCAGUUAAAA